AAGACGGCAGAGGAGAGGAACCAAUAAUCCGUCUAGACCACUGUACGCUGACUUUAGAUAAGAUAACAGCCAUGUUUACAUCCCGAAUUGAAAAAAUCUAAGGUUACAUCCAACCGUAAGAUGACCUCCAUCCAGACGUGAUGUCUUUUAUAGCGAAGAAAAAACGUUUCCGAUUCUUAGUAAAUUUUGAAGUGGAAGAGUUAUCGUCCGUGCCUUUUGUGAGUGGGAUUCUGUUUGGGAAGGUCAGGCUAGUGGACGGAGGGAGUUUCACCUGCGAGACGUCACGUGAGGAAGUAAAGAAGCAUUGCGUGCGAUGGGAGUCAAAAGUCCAAUUCCACACCAAGAUGACGGCCAACCCCAACACAGGGGUGCUAGAGCCCUGUAUAUGUAGGGUCUCUGUCAGAAGGGAAGUGAAGGGGGGUAAAACAUUCCAGAAGCUUGGCUUUGCUGACGUUAACCUGUCCGAGUUUGCUGGAGCUGGCUCCACCAGCCGCAGGUUCUUGUUGGAAGGCUAUGACUCCAAACACAGACAAGAUAACUCCAUGCUCAAAGUAAAUAUUGAGAUGAUGCUGCUGUCUGGGGAUCCCUGCUUUAAAGUGCCUUCGUCCAAGACCAAGUCCGUCUUCCACAUCAGUCUUCCUGGAGAGGCUGCGGAUGACCUGCUCCAUCUGGAUAACAAGGGGGAAGAUGAAAGUGAAAGUGUCAACUCCGGAAGCAGUGGAUUUGGAAGUUUGCCAAGAAAAGGAAAACAGGGGUCUAUUUCUCAAGAUGCCAAUCCUUCAGAAGUGUCAUCAGAAACCAAAGAAUUUGAAAAGUCCCACUCUCGUAACUCCAGCUAUGCAAGCCAGACCUCCAAGGGUUCCGGCCCCCAGACCGGGGUGGGCGGCAGUGCAAGCUGUUCACAUAUCAGGCAGCCUAGUCUUGACUCUGCCCACAGUGCAGCUGCCAUGGGACAUAUAAGAAACCCAAGUACAGGAUCAGGAAUGAGUGACUUAGGAAGGGGAGACAGAAGGAGAGGGAAACUGGAAUCAGAAAGUGCCAAAGAGAAGAGGGUAGAUUCCACCAGGGUGGAUACAGAUGAACUUAUAGAGGAACUGGUCAAAGACUUCCACGUAGAUGACAGCGCUGAAACCUCUGGCCUCCAGUUAUAUAUAGGUAAAGAUGGCACAGCCACCCUGGGGGGACAAGAGAUCACAAACCAGGCCGCAGGGACGUACAAAGCUGUGGUGUUUGAUAAACGUUAGCACUGCUGACUUUCCACCAGACUCUGGUGUCAGGUGUGUCGCACACAAGGCAGCUGUGGAACUUAUGUCACAGAAAGUGGUGACGGGUAACAGCGUGUGUCAACAAGGACCAUACAAGGUACCGUUACAGGUUCAGCCACGCCAAUUUCAAUACAAACAUAUCACAAAAAGGUGACUAAAACUGAUGAAGAUGACAGCUGUGUUUGUGUGAUGUUAGUCAGAUCACUUAGGAGACAAAUAUACCUGAGGUAGAUAUUAAAGGCCUUUUAUCUGUACCAUAUGAAUCCAAGGUCUUUAAAAUGUCCCAUAAGAGACAGUAGUGACAGGAUUGAUUUUAAUUGUCAACACAUCUUGGAGAGGGCUGACACUGGGUUAGAAAUGUAUCAUAUAAGACAUUGGUGACAGGGGACAAUUCUCAUGCCAACACAUCUCUUACAGGACUAUGUGGGCAAAAAGACAGGUUCAGAUAAUUCAGAAAUUGCUCAAAAUUUUUUAAACAUCUAAAUUUAGUUUUGUUUCCUUCCAAGACUGUAAAUUUCAAGUAUUUAUCAUUUAAAGUAACUUCCCACUACAAAUUUUCUGACAUAAACCCAACUUGCUUCCCAGUUGUAUGAGAUAACCAUUUUCAAUUUAUGACAUGGUUAUUGUUUUAUAAAUCAGGUUUGUUCAAAAAUUGGUGAGUAAUUACUUUAAUGAUGUGCUACUAUAAUGGUAAUGCCAGGUAUUUUCUAUACCGGUCAGCAAAUGCAGGAUUGUAGCCAACAAUUACAAUUUACAAUUGCCAAAUAUUACAAUUUUAUAUUGGGGGCCCUUUGGACCUUAUUACCAUGAUAACGGCAUAGAACCUACAACUUUUGAUUUAGAGCAGAGCUCUUGGCUGAAAGGUACAUUUUCUAAUCCCUCUAC